AUGAAAUUGUCUUUGUAUUUUUCAUUUGGUUCUAAAAUUUUCGAAGCUUUUCAUAAAGGGCAUGGUUAUAUCCCAGAAAAAUAUUUUUGUACGUAUUUAAAAAAUGGUCAUAUAUAUAGUUCUUUUUCCGGUCAAAAAAGAAAGUACUUCAGUGCCUUAUAUGACAACAUAAAGGAAAAGCAAAAUUUAAUUAAAGAGAUGGAUCAGCUAUAUGAUAACAUUCUUACAAGUAACUGGAACGAUUCUGUUAACUUAGUGUUAAAUGUAUCUAUUUGGGAGGGAAUCUUAAGUUCAAUGGAAGAAAAAAUAAAAGCAUACGAAUAUGAUAAGGAAAUAACAAAAAAAAAAAAAGAAAUUAAUGAAUUAUUUGAUGUAUUAUUUAUAUUAGAAGAUUUACGUGAUCAUAUAAAUGAAAUUCUCGAACAGUCAUCUCGUUGUAGCGGUUUAGCAGGUACACAUAUUCUAGCUUCUUUUAAAAUUGAAAAUAUGAACGAACAUUUAGAUUUUUUAAAAAAAAAAUAUGAACAAUUAUUAGUAAGUUACCCUUUAUAUAAAUACCAAAUUAAUUUAGUACUGGGUCAAGGCUUAGCUUUGCUAAGACAAAGAUACACCUUUGAAUGGAAGCAUAUGCACGAUUUCUUUUUCUGA